AAAGCUUUGAGUAACCAAACCACCUUCCCACAGAUUAUCUUGGCCUCAGUGAUCGGGGCGGUCGUCUGCGAGACCCAGCAGGGCUACGGCGGCGGGGCGCCCUCUGGUGGCAGCUUCUCCCACGGCGGAGGAGGUUUUGGCGGCGGCGGAGGUAGCUUCGGCAGAGGCGGCGGCGGAGGAGGAGGAGGAUACGGCAGUGGAGGAGGAGGUGGAGGAGGCUUUGGUGGUGGCUUUGGAGGAGGUUUUGGAGGAGGCUUCUCUUCUGGAGGAGGAGGAGGAGGAGGAGGCUAUGGCGGUGGUAAUGGAGGAGGAUCUUGUGGCGCCGGCCAAGUGCGUCACGUUGACGGCAGCUGCGUCACGCCCCAGGUCACUCGCAACCUUUAUGUGUACCGAGCCCCUGCCGUGGCUCCCAUCAAGGGACCACGCCCACAAGUGCCCGCACCACGCUUGGAGCACAACAUUGUGUUCAUCCACACUCCCGAGGAUCUUGGUGGCCAGGAGCCCGUCGUGGUGCCGCCCCCGCAACAGAAGAACGUGGUGUACCUGCUGAGCAAGCGGCCUGAGCAGGACCAGCAGGUGAUCCAUGUGCCGGCGCCCGAGCAGGAGGCGCCAGAGAUCUUCUUCGUCAACUACGCCGAUGGAGAGAACCCGUCCCUGCCCACCGGCGGCGAUCUGCAGUCCGCCCUCAGCAAGGCUUUGCAGGGCAGCGCUGGAGGUGUCAUCGGCGGCGGCGGCGGCGGUGGCAUCGGCGGUGGCAUUGGUGGCGGCAUCGGAGGUGGCAUCGGUGGCGGCAUCGGUGGUGGCAUCGGUGGCGGCAUCGGUGGUGGUUACGGCAGCGGCGGUGGCAGCGGCAGUGGCUUCGGAGGUGGUAGCAGUGGCAGCGGCGAAUACAGCGCCCCGGCACCUUCUCCCUCCACUGCUUACUCCCAGCCAUAAGCUGCCGCUGCAGUCAGCCUGGCGGCGUCGCUUGAGGCGGCACUCUUCUUCAUCUGUCUUUCGCAGUCCCUAACUUAUUGGUUCUUGUUUUGUGUCGUGUUGGUUGAGGCUGCGGCCUGACGCGAUGACAGAGAAAUAAAUGUGACAAACGUA